AUGAUUUUAAAAAAAAGCAAAUUGCUCGCACUGUCCCUCCUGUUGGCACUUGUGCAGUACCUUUACGGAGAUGGACGAUUAAAAUGGAUGAAUUUGUUCAGUAGGUGGGAAUCCUCUUCUUAUGAGGGAAGCGAUUUGAUUUUGAGCAAAGGUAGGGGGGGAAAAGAUGUAUACGCAUUUUCACGAAAAAGUGCUUUUCCGUUUUCAAAAAGUUAUGAACAAGUCAGACAAAAGGAGAGAAGCAAGAGCAGCAACCUCGUGUGCAUCGUACCCAGUGAUAUGCCCCAUUUCAGAAUGUUGCACGAGCUGGAACAAGCAGCAAAUGAGCCUCUUCUCAUAGAACAGACAGAAGGGGAUGUAAACGUCAUUGGAAACGCAGAUCAUGCAACAGCAAUGGAAGAAUUACCACCGCAAAGUGUAGCAACGAAGGACAGUCCUCUCAUGGAAAAAAAUAUGGUGAAUCAUUACCUCGAUGUGUGUAAAAAAAUAAGGAACAAUCAAUUUUCUUUUAAUAAUUGUGAACCUUUUCACAAGUCACAGGAAGUAACGCUGUACAAAAAUAUUUUGCAAGACAAAAGCAAAACCAGGUAUGAUCUUAUAGGCUAUGGAACGCUGGAUGAUGUGUCUCUAUACGGAGCUAGUCAGGCUCUGAACGACAUUGACAUUAUUAAGAAGUGGAACAAAAAUAUAUACAAAAUUAAUUACCUCAAAUUGACUAAGGAGGCUAUACUGGAUAAAUUUAAAAAUGGAGAAAAAAUUGACGCCAGCAAAUACAUCCUCCAAAAUGAACACGUUAAAGCCAAUCGCAGAUACAUAUAUUUAAUCAACGGACUUCCUUGGCCAUUCAGAAGCCAUGACACAGUGUAUGAAUUUUACCAAAAAUAUAUACCAGAGGAAAACAUGCUGCUUGUGGCCAAUAAAUCUGUUAAUAAUGUUUUUUCCGAUAGCAGUUAUUACACACGUAUACGGGACUAUGAAAAUUUUUUCUGCCUUUACCCAAAAAACAAAAACUCAUAUGAGAAAGGACUGGAGUAUGUGAUCUCCGUGUACUAUGAUGUGAAUAUUCCAGUAUUUAUACGUAAUAAUAUUUUGAGUCAGAUUUUUCCUGCCCUCAUUUGGGACUUACACAAAUCUUCCAAGCAGCUUACUGAUGAGGGAUUAUCUUUUUCCGUUGAACAAAUACAGAUGAACCAACUCCCUUUUCUUAUAAACGACAGUGCUGCUCCUGAGGAGGUACUCCCUGGACCAGAGGGAAAAGACGCGCAGGAGUCCACAUCCCCUUUCUAUGGCGCCAGCGUCCUCCGUGUCAUCUUCGUGGACCCCUUCCACUUCAUUUGGACCACCAAUGUUAAUUUAUUCAAGAAAAUUUAUGUCAUCGUCACAAGCAUUUUCUGA